AGGGCCGAAUCACAGAGUCCCGCAAUUGUCCAUGUGGCUAGAGCGGCCUAGAGGUCUCUCAUCCUCCGCUUGCGGGCGGAUUCAGCCAUCCGGGUUGAGGUUGGCGUGUUUCCGGUGGCGGCUGUGGCGAUCUGGAGGGAGGGUGGAGGGAAGGUGAGCAAGAAAGGAAAGCCAAAAAAGACGGCGCGGUGCAGCGGCGGAGGAUCCCGAGCGGGGCCUGGAAGGAGUUUCUGGCUGCAAAACAAAAUGAUGACUUGAUCUGAAUGAGAAGAGGGAAGAAGAUGGGCCACUGUGUCAGAUGCUUUCAAAAGAGUACCUCAAAAUCAGCAUUGUCUUGUUGCUCUUCAGGAAGGAAGUCUACUACAGAAGAUUGAGUCACAAUUCAAAGUAAGUCUCCUGACUUGAUGGAAGCAAGCCCAAAGCAAUGAUUUAUGCAGAGAUGGAAAGGAUGGCCUUAUCUGAGGAUGUGCUUCUUUUUCUUCUUGGUUUUAGAAAUUCACAACAGCAGGCCAUGAGCUAGGAGGUGGUUCCUGAGUGAACAGAAAUGAGUGAAGCCCAAUUAUGAAAUAUUCCAAGAUUGCUGAAAAUCAUUUGAAAUAGCCUGGAGAAAACUGGAUAACUAAUCCUUUUAUAUUGAUGGCUGUAUGCUUACCUUGCAGAAGGGGUUUGGCAUCGGUGAUGAGAAAUGGGGUAUGAUGUAGCACGCUUUCAAGGGGAUGUUGAUGAAGAUCUUAUAUGCCCCAUUUGCAGUGGUGUCUUGGAGGAGCCAGUGCAGGCUCCUCAUUGCGAGCACGCCUUCUGCAAUGCCUGUAUCACCCAGUGGUUCUCCCAACAGCAGACUUGCCCUGUGGAUCGAAGCGUUGUAACUGUGGCUCACCUGCGCCCUGUUCCCCGGAUCAUGCGUAACAUGCUGUCUAAGCUGCAGAUCACUUGUGACAACGCUGUUUUUGGCUGUACUGCUGUGGUACGACUCGACAACCUGAUGUCUCACCUCAACGACUGCGAACACAAUCCAAAGCGGCCUGUGACUUGUGAACAGGGAUGUGGCUUGGAAAUGCCCAAAGAUGAGAUGCCGAAUCAUAAUUGCAUCAAACACUUGCGGUCAGUGGUGCAGCAGCAACAGUCAAGAAUAGCUGAUUUGGAAAAGACUUCAGCAGAACAUAAGCACCAGUUGGCAGAGCAGAAACGUGACAUUCAGCUGUUGAAAGCAUAUAUGCGAGCAAUACGUAGUGUCAACCCCAACCUGCAGAAUUUGGAAGAGACUAUUGAAUAUAAUGAAAUCCUAGAGUGGGUGAACUCCUUGCAGCCGGCCCGGGUGACGCGGUGGGGUGGUAUGAUCUCUACACCAGAUGCUGUACUUCAGGCUGUAAUCAAGCGUUCGCUGGUUGAGAGUGGUUGCCCCACAUCUAUCAUCAAUGAGCUGAUUGAAAAUGCCCACGAACGGAACUGGCCACAGGGUCUGGCCACCCUAGAAACUCGCCAGAUGAAUCGGCGCUUUUAUGAAAACUAUGUGGCCAAGCGCAUCCCAGGCAAGCAGGCUGUGGUUGUGAUGGCCUGUGAGAAUCAGCACAUGGGUGAGGAGAUGGUGCUAGAGCCAGGCCUGGUAAUGAUAUUUGCACACGGAGUGGAGGAAAUAUAAAGACUUAACAGAGAUGAUAAAACAAUGUGCUUGAAAGAAAAAUAUACCAUGUCCAAACCCACUGAUCCUGCCCUGCUACGCUGUGUCAGGGCAUUAUUCUUCUCUCAGUCGAUGUAAAAUGCCACUCCCUAAUUAUACUGGGCGGGUGCCCAGCAACUUAUGCAAAAUGCCAUGCUGCAUUCCCUCACCCUUGUGAUAACUUACCCCUCUUCUGGUAUUGACACAGGUUUCCAAACAUCCAUGUAAAAGCACAAAAUUCCUCUGUGCUCCAGAAGGAGCAGUGGGCUUCUAUCAUAAGAAGUCUUUGAUGUCCUGACAUAACUGCAUUGAUUCAGAUAGCUUGAUUCCAGUUCUGGCAUAUGACAGGCUUGUGAAUUCUGACUUUAAAAUUUUUCAGAGCUAAAAUUUAUUCUAAAGACUCUCCUCCUCACCCUACCCUGCACAUACACACACAUAUGCAUCUGAUUUCUCCUGUUAUUCUUUAAGGUUUAUGUGCAGGCCACACACUUGUCCAUCACGGCCUAUAGUAUCUGGCUCUCACAAAGUACCUUUAAAACAAAGCUUUGCAAACUUUGUCUAGGGAAGAAUGGGGGUUGGUUGGGAAGGGUACAGAUAUGAGAAGGCAGAUGCCAAACUGGGGUGCAGAUAAUGCCAAAUAUAAUACACAUACCAGUAGUGACAUUGUUGGCAUAAAAAGUGAUGCAGAACCAAAAUGCUGAUCUGUCAAGAGGACAAUCUCUGCAACUCACUGGGGAUGCAUGGCCUUAUGUUGUCCACAAGGCACCCGUUCCUUUUCAACCGGAAAUAUCAUUCUUAGCAUUGUACUGUUGCUGCCACCUCUGCAGAGUGAAAUGGAAUUCUCAUCAGAGCUCAGAUUUCAUCAUCUUCCUUGUACUCUUGAAGUGCCGCUGAUGUCAGGUGCUUUGCUGACCAGUCCUCCUUCAUAGGAUAGAAGCCUUCAAGCAGACACUUCACACAGUCUGAUCAGAAACAAGCUCCUCUGAAUUGUGUGUGCCAUUUAAAGUUGUCUCAGUUUCAUAACCUUAUUAAGAAAAUGGAAGAAAAAACAAUAACCUGGAUGAAACUGUCUUGUCAUAUAUGUUGGCUGUUUUGAUAAAUCUGUGUGUAAUGGGGGUGGGGGCAUCUUGAUGAUUGUGUUCAGUAUUUUUGUAAUACUUUUGCCUUUGUAUGUUUCCCUUAUUUUAUUUUAAAUACAGUGGCCAGGAGUGUCUUCAAGUCCAA